AUGACGAUGCAAUACCUCGAACGCCCGACAUCCGGCUGGAACUGCUCCCAAUGCGGUCUCCCCGGUGUUCGCGUCUCUUCCCGUCUCGACAGCUCCCAGAGUGGCAUCGGCCGCGCCUACUACAAGUGCGUGCCCUGCAAUCGCUCCCUCGGCGCAUGCCCUUGCACAACCCCCGGCGACAGGAUAACAGCCACAUGCCCCUGUGGCGAGCGCCGAGGCUCCGACUCCUCCAUCCAGGGUGAAGACCUGCCCCUGGGCGUGUCUAUGAUUUCUGCCGCUGGACGCAAGAACAGCGCCACGCUGUAUAAUCCUGAUAUGGGAUUCGAUGAGGACUGGGAGGCGAAUUGCAGCCCGGGCUUUAUGGUCAAGAGGUUUAAGGCUUCUGCAAAAGAGUUUCUUCCUCAUUAG